UGGGUCUAUCUCCGUUUCUACCAGCGGCACAGUAGAGGCCGCGGAGACAUGUCCGACCACUUCGCCUUCGCCACUUUCUUCCCCGAGAUCCUGCAGCCCGUGGUGGGUCUGGUGGCCAACCUGGUGCACAGCAUCCUGGUGAAGGUGAAGGUCUGCCGCAAGACGGUCAAACGCUAUGACGUGGGCGCCCCAUCGUCCAUCACCAUCAGCCUGCCGGGGACAGACCCCCAGGACGCCGAGAGGAGAAGGCAGCUGGCCCUGAAGGCCCUGAAUGAGCGGCUGAAGCGCGUAGAAGACCAGUCGGCCUGGCCUAGCAUGGAGGACGACGAGGAGGAGGUGGCAGCGAAGGCUGACAGCCCGCUGCUGCCCGACCCCGGUGCGGCCAGCAAGGGCGCCAGCCAGGAGUCCAACCUCAUCACCUUCCAGGAUGCCCCAUCCCAGCUGUGACCAGCCGACACACCGCCCCCCUUCCCCACCCCAUCUCCAUCGGAGAGCUGCUAACCCCCCUCAUGUCCCCCGCCACAGCCGGGAUGCUCAGUGGGGAGCGGGGACUCCUCCCGCGGCAGAGGCAGGGGGGCUACCUCAUUCCAAUGCUUUGUUGCCGCUCAUGGCCAGCACCAGGCACCCAGGACGCCGUCACCGCAAGGAUGGGGGUUCUUCAAGCCACUCCCCUUGGCGCAGGGCAGGUCAUGGACGUCGGCACCGGCAGCUGUUCUGGGAGGGGGACGUGGGGCUGAUCCCUGCCCCGAGGCCACUGCGCUUGCCCACGCGGGAGCAAAGUCAGCAGCGCUUCCUCACUUCUCCUCUGCGCUGGGGGUUGCCCAGAGCGCUCAACACUUACUUCCUCCUUUCUGAAGGUAGUUUUGUCCCUAACCGAGCGAACGGGAAAGCUGGCGGGUUUCUUUUCUGAAUCCCUUUCCCGUGGGGAGCCUCCUCCCGCCCUGGCAGGAGCUCUCCGUGACCGGUGAGAGGUUUGCCACACAGGGGGGAGAGGCUGCUGGGCAGGAGGGGGCCACCCAGCCCCUCAUGGCGGUGGUCUGACACCGCCAGCUCUGGGCUUUGCGCAUGGGGGGGUUCUCUCCUCCUCCCUCUCUCGCCCCUGAAGCCAGCCCUGCAAGGAGCCGGUGUCCUUGGCCGCUCCCUGCCUAAUCUGUUUGUCAGAUUACACUAGAAGCUGUAAUUAAUUUCUAUGGUGGAGCUCUCGCCGCUUCCUCCGGCAGCAGGUUUUCUAUCCUGCAGGUAGAAUACGGGCUCCCCCUUCUCUUUUCCCUCCCUCUGUGUUGAUGGGCUUUUUUGUUUUCUGGAUGGAGAGGAUGCUCCCUGCAACAGCCUUCUCGCAGCUCCUGAUCCCCUGGGCAGUCCCUGGCCUGGGACACGGGUCGAUGGUGUUGUGAUUAUUUUUUUAAAGGACCACACGAGAAGGUUUUGUCAACUGGGAAAAACAGACGUUUCAGUAUCAAUAAAGAGUUCUUUGAAAGAGUCGGCUCC